CACGUUUUUUAGGCGCACCGUUUUACAUCUAGACAACCCCCCAACUAUGGCCCAAUUUCUUUAAUCGUAAAUUAUUUUCUUUAAUCAAUUCUCAAUAAUUGUGCCAUUUCGAAGAGUUUAAAGAAAAGGCAGAAAAUAAAUCAAUAAUUGUGCCGCGAACGAAAGAAACGGCCAGAAAUCAAAGAUUCAGCCCAUUCAUUUUGGGGGUCAGUCAACUACAGUACAUUGCGGUCAAAUUAGCACAACCCUUCAACUUUCAAAUUUAUACCGGAGGUUUAGCGACCUUUUCAACAAUCUCCCCGGAUUCUCCCUUGCCUUCCUCAUUCUUCUACUCCUUUUGCCACUGCUCCCUUCCAUCAUCAGCCAUGGGCCAUUGCUGCAGCAAAAACUUGUCCGCCGUCGACAAUGACAUACUCGGCGCCGCCCACCAGCAGCAGCCCACACCAUCACUUCCCACCGUAGCCACUCCGUCCACGGACUUGCACUCUUACUCGAACUCAAAUUCUUUCGCAGUAAGUCCAUUCCAGAGCCCACUACCAGCUGGAAUUCCCCCGUCUCCGUCGCCGGCGAGGACUCCUGGCCGGAAGUUCAGGUGGCCUUUGCCGCCUCCAUCUCCAGCAAAGCCGAUCAUGGCGAUUCUGAGGCGGAAGGGUCCUGCAAAGCCGACGAUACCUGAGGACGAUCACGGCGGUGUGGAAAACGGACGAGUGGUUCAAAGGCCUUUGGAUAAGAACUUUGGGUAUGCCAAGAACUUUGCGGCCAAGUAUGAGCUGGGAAAGGAGGUAGGACGUGGGCAUUUUGGUCAUACUUGUUGGGCUAAGGUCAACAAGGGAGAGCUGAAAGGGCAACAAGUCGCUGUCAAGAUCAUAUCCAAAUCUAAGAUGACAACAGCAAUAUCAAUUGAAGAUGUUCGUCGAGAGGUUAAAAUGUUGAAAGCCUUGUCUGGGCAUAAACAUAUGAUCAAAUUCCAUGAUGCUUUUGAGGAUGCCAAUAACGUCUACAUAGUCAUGGAGUUGUGUGAAGGAGGGGAAUUACUUGAUAAGAUCUUAGCAAGAGGAGGGAGAUACACGGAGGAAGAUGCUAAAGCUAUUGUCAUACAAAUUCUUAGUGUAGUUGCCUAUUGUCAUCUUCAAGGGGUUGUCCACCGUGAUCUAAAGCCAGAGAAUUUUCUUUUUACCACAAGGGAUGAGAAUGCUCCAAUGAAGAUAAUUGAUUUUGGUCUCUCUGAUUUUAUUAGGCCAGAUCAACGUCUUAAUGACAUUGUUGGUAGUGCAUACUAUGUUGCUCCCGAAGUUCUCCAUAGAUCGUAUAAUGUUGAAGCAGAUAUGUGGAGUAUUGGCGUCAUAACAUAUAUACUGCUAUGUGGAAGCAGGCCUUUCUGGGCGAGGACGGAGUCUGGAAUUUUUCGUUCUGUGCUAAGAGCUGAUCCUAAUUUUGAUGAUUCACCUUGGCCUUCAGUUUCACCUGAAGCCAAAGAUUUUGUGAAAAGGCUUCUCAACAAGGACCACAGAAAACGAAUGACAGCUGCCCAAGCACUAAGUCACCCAUGGUUACGAAAUGAAAACGAUGCUGUGCCUUUAGAUAUUUCAAUCUAUAAGUUAGUUAAGGCAUAUGUUAGAGCCACACCUUUCAAGCGUGCAGCAAUAAAGGCACUUUCAAAAGCUAUUCCGGAAGACGAGCUUGUUUACCUUAGGGAUCAGUUUAGGCUUUUGGAACCAAAAGAGGGAUGUGUCUCCUUAAGUAAUUUCAGAGCGGCUCUGAUAAGACACGUGACAGAUGCCAUGAAGGAAUCAAGGGUCCUUGAGAUUUUAAAUAUGAUGGAGCCUCUUUCUCAUAAAAAAGUAGAGUUUGAAGAAUUUUGUGCUGCUGCAAUUAGUCCAUAUCAGCUGGAGGCUCUUGAAGGUUGGGAAAAGAUUGCAACCACUGCUUUUGAGUUUUUUGAACAGGAAGGAAACCGGGUCAUUACAGUUGAAGAGUUGGCACAAGAAAUGAAUCUGGGGCCGUCAUCUUACUCAUUAUUAAAAGAUUGGAUCAGAAAGUCGGAUGGAAAACUGAGCUUCCUUGGAUAUACCAAGUUUCUUCAUGGUAUAACUAUACGUAGUUCCAACUCAAGGCAUCGAUAGCAUAGUAAGUAGCCAAAUUGUUUACAUAUUCUUCAUAUCUUGGCCUUUCCCAAUUCUUUUUUCCUAUCUACUGGAUUUAUUAGAUAAAAGGUGUAAAGUUGAAAACCGAAAAUAAAAAAAUAGAAAAAAACAAAAAAAAAACUGAAUUCAAUGAAUAUGAUUUAUGUA